AAACGAUUACAUUUUCCUGCAUCCUCUCUUUCCGCUGAUUUCUUUUCAUACAUAUGAGAGAAGGAACAACGGCAGCAACAGAAAGACCAAGUAUUUCAUCAUCGGAUAGGAGGCGAUGGAGAAUCACGUUGUUUCACCGCCCCAAGUGGAUGCAUCUCGACCGUCCCUCGGCUUCCCCCUCGGCACAGCUCUCCUCUUAAUCGUCAUUUUCAGCUUGAGUGGCAUCUUCUCCUGCUGUUACCAUUGGGACAAGUUCAGAUCACUCCGCCGAGCUUUCGCCGACGGAAACCACCCCGACGCCGACAUCGAAGCUUCUCCCUCCAAACCCACCCCUGAUUUCAUGGAUUUGAAGAAAAACCAAAGCCAGAGCAUGCCUGUAUUAAUGCCGGGAGACGAUAUCCCAAAGUUCAUAGCAUUACCAUGUCCAUGUCAACCUCCACGGCAAGACAAGGUGGAAGUAAAAGUUGAGAAGCCGCCGCUUUUUCCAGUUCCUUUCGGAUUGGCAAAUUAACGAGUUAUUGUACAUACUGCUGGACCAUUUAGAUUAAUUUUCACCAGUAAAAGAAACGGGAAAAUGAUGGGUGGGGAAUUAAAUUUACCGUCUUUUGUAUUAUUCCCCAGGUUUAAAAAACUAGAGGUAAAUUUGUGUAGCCUUUUCACUGCUUACCACGGUUUCAUGCCAUUAUUCCUCACAAGGAAGAAGAUUCCAAUUGUUGUCAAUUGGAAAAUGAGACGGCACAAUGAAGUUCUUAUCCAU